GGACUGGCCCUCGACAUUUUUUUUGCUCAUCUCAGAGGAUCACCGGGGCCAAGCUUCCAACAUCUUCCCUUCUCACCUUCACGCACGUCGUCGCCACGAUCCCCUCACAGCCUCCGACAAGCUGCCACCUCUGUGUGCAAUUGAUCAGGUCAUUGAUCAGGUCAGCCGUUUUCCCAGUCGCCGACUUGACGUCUUUUGCGCUCCGUCUUCCGUGUCCUGUGCCACAGUCCGGAUCCACGUCCUUGUCCGCCAUCUGCUGCUGAACCUUCGCGCGCACACACCUCCAACACUUGCGGCCAGGUCGCUGUUGUUCCCCUUCUCUCUUCUCCCUUCUUCUCUCUCCUCGUCCACUCGACCGCAGUGUCGCUGGGCUUUCCACAUACCAAACCCGGUAUUGUUUUAUAUCACAUCACAUCCACCAUGUACGGCGCCGUAUUACGAAGGCAAGGCCUGUUGCGGGCAUCGGCCCUCCGCUCCGGCUUUCCCUCUCUCGCCAGAUACUAUGCCUCUUUCCCCCCGCACACCGUCAUCAAGAUGCCCGCCUUGUCGCCUACCAUGACGGCCGGCAACAUUGGCGCCUGGCAGAAGAAAGCUGGAGACUCUAUUGCUCCCGGUGAUGUCUUGGUCGAGAUCGAGACCGAUAAGGCUCAGAUGGACUUCGAGUUCCAAGAGGAGGGUGUUAUCGCCAAGGUUCUCAAGGACGCUGGUGAGAAGGAUGUUGCUGUUGGAAACCCAAUUGCCGUCUUAGUCGAAGAGGGAACCGACAUCUCGGCCUUCGAGUCUUUCAGCCUGUCGGAUGCCGGUGGUGAUGCCGGUAAACCUGCCCCCAAAGAAGAGUCUAAAUCAUCCGAGUCUGCUGCUGCCGAUUCCGCUCCCGCGCCGACUUCUGCGCCCGAGCCUACCGAGUAUGCUUCGGAAGGCAGGAUCGAGACCGCCCUGGACCGUGAGCCUAACAUCACCCCAGCGGCUAAGCGAUUGGCGAAAGAGAACGGUGUCAAGAUCUCAGCCUUGAAGGGUACUGGUCCCAAUGGUCGCAUCACCGAGGACGACGUUAAGAAGGCUACUACCUCUGGCCCUACUGCCGUCUCUGCCGCCGCAUCCUACGCCGACACCCCUCUCUCCAACAUGCGCAAGACAAUCGCCAAGCGCCUGCAAGAGUCGACCCAGAACAACCCUCACUUCUUCGUCACAAGCAAGAUCUCGGCUAGCAAACUCCUCAAGCUGCGCCAGGCUCUCAACAGCUCUGCUGAGGGCAAGUACAAACUCUCAGUCAAUGACUUCCUGAUCAAGGCCAUUGCUGCUGCCUCCAAGAAGGUGCCUGCCGUCAACUCGUCCUGGCAGGGUGACUCGAUCCGGCAAUACGAGAACGUCGACGUCUCGGUUGCUGUCGCUACCCCCACCGGCCUCAUUACCCCGAUCGUCACCAACGUCGAGGGCCGUGGUCUAGAGUCCAUCUCUUCUGCUGUCAAGGAGCUCGCCAAGAAGGCUCGCGACAACAAGCUUAAGCCCCAGGAGUACCAGGGCGGCACCAUCUCCAUCUCUAACAUGGGCAUGAACUCGGCUGUCGACCACUUCACUGCCAUUAUCAACCCACCCCAAGCCGCCAUUCUUGCUGUCGGCACAACGAAGAAGGUUCCCGUUGUCGUUGAGACCGAGGAGGGCAACUCGAUUGAGUGGGAUGACCAGCUUACCGUUACAGCUAGCUUCGACCACCGGGUCGUUGAUGGUGCCGUUGGUGGUGAGUGGAUCAAAGAGUUCAAGAAAGUUGUGGAAAACCCUCUUGAACUACUGCUAUAAAUGUAGCUGAAAGUCAGUAAAUACCAUAAGGGGCGUCUGGGCAUGAUUGUUCUAUAGAUAAAGAUUCGGUUCCGUUUGUAGCGCUAUGCCACGAAUUCCUGUAAUAAUACUUUGGUUUAGUUGUGGAAACCUCAUGUUCAAAACAAAAAUACGUGGCCAUGAGAUACAAUGUAUUGGGACGGAGGCUGCACUGUUUCUCUGUAGCUAAUUGUGAUAUCAUGGAUGCUCUACAAUCAAUACAUAUUCUCGUGCUUUAA